GUGCCUUUAAAUUGCUGCUUUCUGGAGGGUGCAUCUCAGGGGGAGGUGGGAGGGAGGGAAACAUCUUCAUACGGUCUCCCUCCCCCUUCUCCUCCAAGACUCUCCGGGGUUUAGAGAGUGAUUGCUUCCCAAAAAGAAUCUCCUUCAGCACCCCGGCAGGCAGGCAGGCUGAGGCCCUCCGGAGCCCCAGGCGAGCUCGAGCAGGAGCCGGUAGGGUUAUCUGUGUCAGAAUCACUUCCAGGGGAAUAGUUCUGGCCCCCUGACUGAGAGGGACGGGGCAAAGAAGAGAGGUGGGGAGAGAGCACGCCACUCCUAGCCCGGCCCCCCUCAGGUUCCCUGCGAGAGCGGCCUGAGCAGGAAGAAGGAUCUGUACUUUCGGCGUUCCUGCCCGGGGUAUCCCCUCUCACCUUGGCAGCCAGGCUGAGAAAAGGACUCCAGGGUCCCCACAGGAUGACAACUCUCGUUCCAGUAACCCUCUCUUUCCUUCUCCUCUGGACCCUGCCAGGGCAGGUCCUCCUCAGAGUGGCCUUGGCAAAAGAGGAAGUCAAACCUGGGACCAAGGGGUCCCAGCCCAUGUCCCCCUCUGAUUUCCUGGACAAGCUUAUGGGGCGAACAUCUGGGUAUGAUGCCAGGAUUCGGCCUAAUUUUAAAGGCCCGCCUGUGAAUGUGACCUGCAACAUUUUCAUCAACAGUUUUGGCUCCGUCACCGAGACUACCAUGGACUACCGGGUGAAUGUCUUCUUGCGACAGCAGUGGAACGACCCACGCCUGGCCUACCGAGAAUAUCCUGAUGACUCGCUGGACCUCGAUCCCUCCAUGCUGGACUCAAUCUGGAAGCCGGAUCUGUUCUUUGCCAAUGAGAAAGGGGCCAAUUUCCACGAGGUUACCACAGACAACAAGCUGCUGCGCAUCUUCAAGAAUGGAAACGUGCUCUACAGCAUCAGGCUGACUCUCAUUUUGUCCUGCCCGAUGGACCUCAAGAACUUCCCCAUGGACAUCCAGACCUGCACGAUGCAGCUGGAGAGCUUUGGCUACACUAUGAAUGACCUCAUGUUUGAGUGGCUGGAAGAUGCUCCUGCUGUCCAAGUGGCCGAGGGGUUGACUCUGCCUCAGUUUAUCUUGCGGGAUGAGAAGGAUCUAGGCUACUGUACCAAGCACUACAACACAGGGAAAUUCACCUGCAUCGAGGUAAAGUUUCACCUGGAACGACAGAUGGGCUACUAUCUGAUUCAGAUGUAUAUCCCCAGCCUACUCAUCGUCAUCCUGUCCUGGGUCUCCUUCUGGAUCAACAUGGAUGCUGCCCCUGCCCGAGUGGGCCUAGGCAUCACCACUGUGCUCACCAUGACAACUCAGAGCUCUGGCUCCCGGGCCUCUUUGCCUAAGGUGUCCUACGUGAAGGCGAUCGACAUCUGGAUGGCCGUGUGCCUGCUCUUUGUGUUCGCUGCCCUGCUGGAAUACGCUGCUGUCAAUUUCGUCUCUCGUCAGCAUAAGGAAUUCAUUCGACUUCGAAGAAGGCAGAGGCGCCACCGCAUGGAGGAAGAUAUCAUCCGUGAAAGUCGCUUUUAUUUCCGUGGCUAUGGCCUGGGCCACUGCCUGCAGGCAAGGGAUGGAGGUCCAAUGGAAGGUUCUGGCAUUUAUAGCCCCCAACCUCCAGCCCCACGUCUAAGGGAAGGAGAAACCAUGCGAAAACUCUACGUGGACCAGGCCAAGAGGAUUGACACCAUUUCCCGAGCUGUCUUCCCUUUCACUUUCCUCAUCUUCAACAUCUUCUACUGGGUUGUCUAUAAAGUGCUACGGUCAGAAGAUAUCCACCAGGCACUGUGAAUAGGAGCUUAAGAGUCCAGUUGUUGGCUUCCUGCUUUCCCCUUGUGGGCUUUCCCUCUCCAGUAGAUUCCAUCAAGGGCUUGGGCAGCUCCUUCCUGAUCUCCCACUCAGAACUUCAACAGCCAAUCCCAAAGCUUUGUGGAGCUACAAUGCAUGGUGCCAAUAGUGGCUGUACUUAGAAAGAUGGCUCACCUCUCUUCAUCCAGAUUUUCUGCAUACUACCCCAUUUCUCAUGAAAGUAAGGUUUGGCUUCUUGUGGCCAGGAUAACCCUGACUGGAGCUUCUCUGUCUUUCAGUUCUUCGGUAGAGGAUAUUCAGAACACUGCUACUAGAUUCUGGCAUUUGUCAUCUUAACCUGCACCAAUCUUUGCCCUGCCACCUCCUACCAAAAGUCUGACCUUUACCAUGACCUCUGUCCCUCCUACCACGGGUUAAACAGGAAUCUUUCCCAUCCCCAAGUGCUGCCCUGUGUGACUUAGUCAUGUUUCCUUGACCCUGGGAGGAAGGCAAGGGGACAGAUUCCCCACUACUCAGCUUGGAACAGUCAUCAGCUACACUGGGGUAGGGUGUUGCUAUACAACCCAACAGAGAGGUCUUCAAGUUUCCUUGAACCUCAACACUGUUAAAAUGGGGUCAGGAAUCUUGGACUCUCAGAAAGACCACCUUUCCAGAUCUACCCAAAUUUCCUGAUCUCAGAAAUAUUUAUUGUAUUCCCUAACUAGCUAGCAUCAUGGAAGGGUGUGUUUGACUGCUGUGGAGUAUGAAAAGAGAAAGAUGCUUAGUCUUUUAGAAAGUUACUCGAUGAUGCUAUAAAGCUUUCAAGAAAAGUGAGCCUAAGGUGGUAGGGCCUAGGAGGAUUAGAAUACUAUCCUCAGAGAGUCUUCUGUUGCCUGGACUUUUCGUUUCUUCUUUUCUCUAAAGUCUAUCUCCCAGGACCUCUCAUUUCCAACUUGCUCCUUCACCUCAUAUCAGUGAGCAAAUAAUAAUACCAUGCAACCUUGCCCAGGAUAAAGCGGCCUACGAGGCUCCUGGGAAGGAACUAUGUAUAUAGAGGAUCCCUAUCCUGGACAAACAUUGACUUGGCCAAGCUCAGGAUGGAGUUGUCAAAGUUAGAAAACCAUAAUUUGGAUGUAUUUCUUAAUCCUUCUCAUUUCCCUUCUCUUUCCACACUGAGGAGGUGGAGCAGUCAGUUGAAGCUACCCAAAAAUAUCAGAAUAGAAGGAGUGUGGAAGGGCUCAUCUCAGGCCUGACACUGGGACACGGGGAAGCACGGGCCUGUUACUCUGAGUCCUUUGAAAUGAUCCAACUGGGAAGAACUGUAAAAAGGAAGAUUAAAGUGCAGGGCUAAACAGCUGGAAGACAGAAGUGAUCAAACAAUCUCUUAAACAUCUUGUCUUUUUCUCUGAAUCUAGAAUAACUAACAAUGUAAGUUGAGUCUCUCUCUGUCUCUCUGUCUCUCCCUUGCCCCAUAUCUUCCUCCCUCCCUUUCACUUCCUCCUUUCACCCUUCAUUAAAAACAGGUGUUCAAAAUUGAAAGUCAA